AUGAUCGUUAACCGGAGCCUGGAAAUAAAGAAACAAGAGAUCAAACCGGGAUUACAGCCGGUAAAAGUCCGUCUCUUAUUAUCUGUCAUUUUACCGGCUGUAUUCUCUCUCCGUCCCGGUUAACGGCUGAAGAUCGGUGAACUUACCGGCGGCGGUUGGAGGAGGAGAAACGGCUGAUGACGUCCCGACACUCGGACACUUCUUCGGACUAACCGCCGAGAACAACCGACGGAGAAUUAAUACAAAAUUAAAAACCAAAAAUAAAAAUGUAAAAAAAAUAAAAAUUAACAUUCAAAAAUCAGAACUGGAGAGAAAUUAUAUAUUUGAUUUGAUUUAAAAAAUGUCGUUUUGCAUUCAGCAGCGACACGACUACAACCGUUUAGCUCAGUCGAACUUCGUUUCCCACAACCCCUUGCGUGAUGAUAUCAGGAUCUCCCGCCCAUUGUGAAAUUCUCCCAGCAUGCUUUAGUUUCAGUCGGAGAAGAAGAGGCGUCAUGAUGGAGGCUAACGUGACAAACCUUCUUCCUCUUCUUCAUCAUCUUCUUCAUCUUGUUCUCAGUGAAUAAAGUUUGAGACGUUCAUGAAUCUUCAGGGGACAGACUAACGGAAGACUCAGGCCCGUUAAUGACAGCUAGAUAGCUAACCCUUCGGCGGAGAUUGUAGGUGAGUUUUUAGCCUCAGCGCGUUGUUGUAGCAACGACUCUCAGCACCGGGCCGCCAUUAACCCGUCCACCGAAUACAACCGAACAGAGCGGAACAACAACCGGACCACCGCGGUCCUGAGGGGUUUACUUUACUCUUUAUUUACAGAUGUACUCUAAUCUUAGUCUGAAGUGACGGUGAGGAGCGUAAAUGUUAACGUUUAACCCGUGAGCUCAGUUAGCAGGUGAGCUACAUGUGUUAGCAUCAUCAUCUAACUAAACAACAGAGACUUAAGGAAGGGUUAAAUAUGAGUAAAACAGCAUUUAUUUAACUGUUUUCCUCUGGAUUACAUCUCUGUGUGAGUGAAGAUUAACUGUGUGUGUUAAAGCAGGAGCAGGUCCUGUAAAUCUGAGUUAAAUUCAGAGCAGAAGGUCAGGGGGUUUUGCUGUUAUUUCUCUGUGAAGUUCACUGUGGUGAUCUAUAGGGGAGACCGGGGUAAGUUGAUCCACCCCCUCUGAUUCUUGUAAAUGGUUAAAGAAAUUGAUCAUGUGACCAAAUCUUAAGGAGAUGGUCAUCAAUUCAUGGAGUCUGUGAAGGUUAGAAGCUCAUGGGUGAAGAAGAGGUUAGACAUUUAUUUACAAAAACAACAUUUUUACUCUUUAAAGUGAAUUUAGUCUGUCAUCAGUGUAGGGAUGGGAAUUGAUAAGAUUUUAUCGAUAUCGAUGCCUUUAUUGAUUUUGCUUAUUGAUUCAAUUCUUUAACGAUUCCCUCAUCAAUGCUAAAAGAAAGUAGACUUUAGGUUUUCAGCGUUAACUCAAAACUUUAGUGAGUCUCUGAUAACAGAAACAGAUGUCUGCCACCUUCAGUGAGAGUCUAAAAUAAUCAAACAGAAAUGAUAUUUGUACAGAGUUUCAUUGUGUUUAUGUUAACACAGGACACACUUUAGAGUGACCAUAUUCUGAACCCACAACAAGAGGAUACGACUACGCAGGGCGGACUUGUGUGUGAAAUUAUGAGUUUUUUUAUUAUUAUUAUUUUUUUGGUCGAGUUGAGUGUUUUUAUGGACUUCUAACUCAGUUAAACACAUUAUCCUGAAUUCCCAAAGACAGCACAUGCUGCACCGCGUCAGUGACUUUGUUUAGAAGUGAUCGGAGGGGCGGAGCUGCAGAGAGGACUGAUCCUCUGCUCUGUUUUAUAAUGAAUGAAAACACGAUCAGGACAUUUGAAGGAGUUUAUAAACUCCCCCGGACAGCCCCCCAUAAGAGGACAUGUCCGGGUAAAAGAGGACGUAUGGUCACCCUAACAGACGUACCUUCAACGCCGCGCUGAGACGGAGCAGCAGCGGCUGACGACCGGUGUUCAGCAGGUGUUGUGUCGUAGAAUGAACCCCUGACAGGAGCGCGGUUCAAAGUUCAUAACAUGGAGAAAUAAUCAGAGUUUUCUUCAACAUCAGGUGGAUUCUAAAGUGUUUAAUGAUUUAAUUCAGACUAUUCAGAUAAACUGAAAACAACAGUCCUCUGAUUCAGAAUAUUUAAAGUUCUUUACUUUGACAGUUUCCUGUAGAGUUUAUAAACCUGAGUUCACCUCUAAAUGUGAGAUUUUAGAGACUCAUGAAAACAGAACGACAGUUUGCUGCUCCAUCUGACAUGUUGUCAUGAUCUAAUACUCCUGAUUUUUUUUAAAUAUCAGGUCAUUUUCUUCCACUUUAAGAAGCUCAUGAGUGGAGAGGAUGCAGGGGGUGUAUUUUACAACAACACCUGAGGAGAUCAUUGAAUUCAUGUGACUCCUUAUAUUUGAUGCCGUGCUCCGUUGACAAAUGUUGAAGCAUGUUUCUGAUGUUUCCACCUUUACAUGUUCUCACUGCUCCACAAAUGUUGCUCUGUUGUCGCCUUUCUUAGUAAAAUGUAACCACGCUUUAAUCGUUUGUGCCAACAGUACUUUUUGUACUGUCCGCUGUGUUCUUUCCUCUGUCUGUUCUUGUUUGCGUAGACUGGUACUCACGAGACUGUUUUUAAACGCAGCCGGAAGAAAGAAAUCAUUAAAGGAAUCGUUAAGAUAAAAUGUAAAUGAUGUCGAUGGAUUGAAACAUUUGGAACCGGUUCUCAAUAAGAACUGGUUCUUGAUUCCCAUCUCUACAUCAAUUUGAUCAGAAUUGUGUUCAGACCAGAAAAGAUCAUUUGACAUUAGUUUUCUCCAUCAACUGUGGUAUCUAUGAACCUAACAGUCCACCUUUUGAUCUUGGAGGACUAAUAAAGUCCUCAUCGUAGUUCAGGGGGAACAGAGACAGUAAAGGAGUCUGAGGAGAGGAUCAGAGUUUACAGAUCUGUGAAUGUUCUCAGUCACUUAAAGACAUUCUCAUCUUCAAAUGUUUGUUUUAUCAGUUAUAUGUAAUAAUAAAAAGAAUGAUUGUACCAGUUGAAUAGAGUAUAAUAGAUAAAAAUACACAUGAAUGUGAAGGGAGAGAGAAGAUGAGGGAGGACUGGGGGGGGGGUAGCUGAGAUACGGCUCAACUUACCCCAAACAUACCCGGGGUAAGUUGACCAUAGGAGACCCUGUUGUUGUCCUGCUAUAUUCUGAAGAUGACAGUUCUGUUUACACUCAUUCUGAUGAAGAACAUCCUAAAAUAUCUGCAGAGACACGAGUCAGAGACUAAACUAGGACUGACUUGAUGGUCUGAUCUGCAAACAUGGAUCAUCUUAACCCGGUCUCCCCUAAUCAAAGAUCUUAGAUCCUCAGAGGAGGUCAUCUCUCUGCUCCUGGUCCAGCCUGUUUGUCUGUUUCUGCUUCUUUACCAUCACGAACAGACUCAGCAGGUCUGUGUGCGCUCAUGAUGGACAGAGAGGCUGUUACUGGUCCUCAGGUUCAUGCUGUAAGAGAAAGUGGAUAGUGUAUCAUCUCCAGUCCAAAUCCACAGACUCUGGAGGGGUCUGCCCCUCUCCCUCCGUUUGAUCGACUCAGUGGAAACUUUUAAAAAGACGUUUUUGACGCUUUUAUUCGGACAAACUUUAAUGAACAGGGUUGAGUUUGUCUCUUUUAUAUCUGCACUUGUUUCCAUGCUCACCUGUACUGUGUUUGUUUAUGAACUUUGAUGUUUGUCUAAUUGCUCUUAUUUAAUGUGAUUUUUCUCUGUAAAAAGGGCUCUAUAAAUAAACUUAACUUACUUAUUUACUAUAGAAAUAGGAGUUAAUAAAACAUUGCGACUGUUAGUUAUGACUGGAUGAACUCAGGGGCUGUAAAUAAGUGAAAACAAAGCAGAACUGUUUGUGGUGUUUAAACAGUUCCUGGUCCUCUGAGAGAUCCACCCCAAAGACAGCAGGACACUGGGACAUUAGGGACAUCCAGGGGACAGGAGGGAGCAGCAGUAGUCAUAGUAACGUGUAAAUAUCUUAAUCCUGACAUGUAGAGACUUUUUUAUUAUGUAUUAUUAUUAAGUGAGCCAGCAUGAGGACAUGUUGGUUUCAUUACAGUCUAAGUCUGAACAAACACCCCCCCACUCCACUCAGGGAGUCAGUGGGUUCAACAUUUGGCUGGUGGAUUUCAAGGGCCUGUAAAAAAGUCACAACAAAAAGAGGUGACUGACUUUUGGAGGAAGGAGACUGAACGAGUGUUUUUAACGGACCUACUCCUUCAGUUUGUGUCCAACAUGUCGUCACCGCGGUCAAACGUACAGUCAGGAUUCACAAAACCCCGGGGACGCCGAGUCUGAGUGAUAAUCCUGGUUUCAUAGUAAUUAGACCGAGUGUGAUUAUGACUUCAUUCAGAGACCAGUCUGAACAGACGAGACAAAAACAGAGGGGUCAGAUCCUCCGAGCUCUAGUCUGACCCUAAAAAAGGAGGGACCCUGGAUCUGAGGGCUGAUGAUGAAGACAGCCUCGGCAUGUUUUUGACCUUUAACCUUUGAACAGAUUCUCAGUUUGGAGGACAGACAGGUGUACCAUGUUACAGGACUGUAGGACACUGUUGUUUGUGUCUGUGUAGAGAGGGACUCCUGAGACGGGAUGUCUGAUGUUUGGUUCUUCUGAAAGAUGGUGAGGAGAAGUGAAGUGAAGAAGCUCUCCGAGAAUAGACUCCCUCAGCGUCUGUGGUCCAGAGUCUCUGUGAGCAGAAACACGUCUCUGGUGUGGACAGUCCCUCAGGGGUUCAGAGAUGUUGGAUUUGGAUUUCUCAUCACAGCUGUUGGUCAGCAGGUUCUGGUUCUGAUGUUCUGAUCCAGUGAAGAUGUGUUUCUUUGAGUGUCUUUCAGGAACACUGAGAUGUUUCUGUCAACAGUCUUAUAUUCAGCUGUAAUUCAGUUAAAAUGAUGUUCACCAGGUUCUGUCCGUAACACCGUCACAGUCUGACGGGUCUGUGCCAGUCCAGGAAAACCCUGUUCAGGUGUCACUUAGUUCCUGUUCUGUGCAGAACUUAAGGAACUGGAGAAGGAUGGUGAACUCGGACCUCUGAGGGUCCAGACAGCCUCUCUCUCAGCAGUAAACGGACCGGUUCUGUGGUCACUGUAGAACUCUGAUGAACUGGAUCAGAUCUCCUCGGUCUCAGGAGAUCAGAAGAGCAGCAUGAGGGUCUUUAUAGACGACAUUCUGGAACCUCCUUCACUGUUGCCACAGAGUCGUGUUUCUUUUGAUGAAACGACAAACUUCACUGUCUGCUGAUGUCAGGAUGUGGUUUUUAAGAUGAACGGGUCAGUCAGAGUUAGAGACGCACCCAUCCAGUAUUUUACGAUCCAAUCUGAUACCCAUACCUGGGCUGAUUGAUCGGCCGAUAAUCAAUAUCACUGUGGAAUGAAUGAGUGAACUGUUUACCUGUGAGUGAAGGCAUGAGGUUCGACAUUAAAAAGUAUAAAUUACUGAAUAUUAUUGAUUAACAAGUAACUAAUUACACAUGAGCACAGAGCAGAAAGAAGUCCGACCUCCAUGGAUCGGAACUCUGGAUCGGCGCCAUUCUGUCAAUAUCUGAUCCAGUUAAUUUGUCAAUAUCAGAGCCGAUAUCUGAUCGGUACAUCUGUAGUCAGAGCCUCCUGUAAUCUAAAACCACUGAUGUCACACAUUUGGACUUCCUGCAGGUACAGUGAGUCACCAUGGCGACGGACAUCGGGUCUCCACAGCGGUUCUUCCACAUGCCGCGGUUCCAGCACCAGGCGCCGCGGCAGGUGUUCUACAAGCGUCCGGACUUCGCCCAGCAGCAGGCCAUGCAGCAGCUCACCUUUGACGGCAAACGCAUGAGGAAGGCGGUGAACCGCAAAACCAUCGACUACAACCCCUCAGUCAUCAGAUACCUGGAGGUAAGCACACCUGGGCUCUAAAGGGUUAAAGGUCACAGCUUUGAACUUUGAGUCAUGUGGACUUGAGAGGUUGUUUGAAAAAGGUCCAGAUGUUCCACCUCAUGACCUUCAGAGUGGACAGACAGGAAGUGAGAGUGUGGUCACGAUAAAACGAAGAGCUGAUUGGUCUGUGAUAUCUGCUAUAACUGAUCAGCUGUGAUUGAUGAAGCUGAGAACAGCUGAUCAGGACCCCAGGUGGUUCUUCUCUGUCUGUUUGGUGUCAGUCUUCAUCUCCAGUCCCGUUCUGAUCUCCUCACAUUUGUUCCUCUGAGGGGCCCAGGAUCAGAGGUUUCAUCUCGUGUUUGUAACUGACACGUCCACACCUGUCUUCACUCACACAGACCACAAAGCUCCUCCUGUCAUAACAAUAAACCUGAUGUGUCUGUGUUUUCAGAACCGCCUGUGGCAGAGAGACCACCGAGACUUCCGAGCCAUCCAGCCUGACGCAGGAUGUUACAACGAUGUGAGUCUGACCGGGUUAAACGGAUCCUCCGAGAGUCCAAAUACCGUAGAUCCUGGUCCUGUGUUUGAUUUUGAGUCGUUAACGAUCUAAACUGUCUGUCCGUCUCAGCUGGUCCCUCCUGUGGGCAUGCUCAGCAACCCCAUGAACGCCGUCACCACAAAGUUUGUCCGAACCUCCACCAACAAAGUCAAGUGUCCAGUGUUUGUGAUCAGGGUGAGUUUCUGCUGCUGCUGCGUCACACAGACCUGAAUCUGAGUUUAGAGACGGUGAACGCAGCUCUGACCUUCUCUGACGGUUUCCUGUUUGUUUGCAGUGGACUCCUGAAGGCCGCCGUCUGGUCACCGGAGCCUCCAGUGGAGAGUUCACUCUGUGGAACGGCCUCACCUUCAACUUUGAGACCAUCCUCCAGGUAAACACCCACCUGUACGUUUGUGAAGUGUUAGGGUUGAAGAUCGAUCCUGAUCAGUCCACUCUGAUGAUCAAUAAAAGAGUCAAAACCCGAACACAGGAUCGGCUCAAAUCCUGACGUAACUGAUCGAUGAAACAGAACAUGAAAGACCUCACACCGAACAAACCGAAGGAACCUGUGCUGUCAGUUUAUCUCUUCAGUCUGAGGAUCAGGACUUUACUCAGUUAAGAUCAUUUAAAAGGUUAUUUUAAAAUACAAACAAAACUGUCAGAGAGAGAGAGAGAGGCUGGAAACCUACGCAAGACUGAGAACGCUGGGCUACAAGAUACAGGGUUCUAACAUGAAAGGUUCUAGGAUAAAGAGAUCUAGAAUGAAGGGUUCUAGAAUACAGGGUUCUAACAUGAAGGGUUCUAGAAUACAGGGUUCUAACACACGGGUUUCUAGAAAGAACGGUUCUAACAUAAAGGGUUCUAGAAUCCUAGAACAUGAAGAGAUCUAGAAUGAAGGGUCCUCUAGUGCAGGGUAUCAGAUUUCAGGGUUCUGGAGUGCUCUCCUCUAGAGUUCUGGUUUGAUUGUAGAUCAUGUGAAGAUCCGAUCAAAGGUACUGAAAGGACAAUAAUAGGUCCAUAGGUUAGUUCAACAGGCAGAACCCUCAAAGUGAUCCAAACUUUCGGGAGAACAGAACAUCAGCUGUUUGAGGAUGAAACUGGGUCAGAACCGUUUAAGCAGACACGGACAGGAAGUGACCUGAUCUUCAGACAGCAUCAGUUUUAAGUUCAGGUAUUCUCUCUGUACAUUUCCACCUGUGAAGCUGACUCCUCCCCCUGCUCUCCUCUGCCCCCUGCAGGCUCACGACAGUCCUGUCCGGGCCAUGACCUGGUCUCAUAACGACAUGUGGAUGCUGACGGCGGACCACGGCGGCUACGUGAAGUACUGGCAGUCCAACAUGAACAACGUCAAGAUGUUCCAGGCUCACAAGGAGGCCAUUAGAGAAGCCAGGUUUAUACCCAAUCUACCAUUUUCUGUAGUCCAGCCCAGCCUGUGCGUCUCUCUGACAGCCAGGCGGGGGCGCCACAUGUUCAGGCUGUUGUUGUUGUUGUUGUGGUUGAUUAAUGACAGAUGUAAGUGUGUGCUGUUGCAACACUGCAGUGAUCUGUUGUUGAUGUUCUUCCUCAUGUGGCUGAUGAGCUGUUUAUCUCUGUGUGUUAAUAAAGUUGUCGACCGUUACCUCUCACUGGUUUGGGUGGAGACGAGGACAGACAGGACAAUAAAAAACCAAUAAAGGCCAAAUAAAGCUGCGGCAGGGAUCAAUAAAGUUUAAAGAUAAGGGGAAUAAAGAAAGAGACGCUGACGCUGCUGAAGCUGCUGCUGGUCUGAACCUCACCCAACAGGCAGCUGUAGAUGUUGAAAUAAAGUUUUCACUUCAACACUGUGAGCACACCACAGACACCCUGACUCUCAGCUAAGAACACUGGAUACUACAUUACCCAGAAUGCACCUGACUGAAGCUUCACUGCCUGGUAAACACACCUUCAGUAACUCUGACACGGACUGAACGAUUUACACGCGGUGCCUUAAACUGGUGACAUCACAGUGACAUCAUCAGACUUAAGGUGACUGACCUGGUGACUAGACGGGGGGUGGGGGGGCGCGUACAGUGAGACGCAGAACCGCCCCACAGACCACAGACUACAGGUAGUCUGUGGUCUGUGGUGUCAUUCUGUAUUAUACUGUACAGGAGGAAGCUGAGCACUACAUUACCCAUGAUCCUUAGCAAGCUCUGUGAUUGCCUGAUGUGGAUUAUUGAUCACUGUGAGGUCUUGUGGUUUAAGGGAUAUUUCAGUGUAAAAUUAGUUUAGGGUCAAACCCACCGUAACACCGAGAGAGCCACGCCCCCAACCAAAACGCCACUCUAUAGCCACAAAUAAUGCUCAGAACAGCACCUAACUUCAUCAACAGGACAUAUAGGGUCACAGACAUAGUACUAGACACCAAACAUCUUUUUAACUUUGAUUCAUUUCUUUAGCAAAGAGACUAAACACAACUCACCUACUCUCUUCCAGCAGACGCUUGUUUGUACAGAGACCUACAGCGGGGUGCCGCAGCUCAAGGAAGAACAUUUAUGAUCAUUUCUUUAUCAUUUCCUUGAAGUAAUAAUCACCAUAUCAAUCAUUUUACAGACGCGGUAGUUCCUCUGUCUUAGCGUCUCGGUCUGAUUGUAUUUCCAUGAAGAAAUGAUCAUAAAUGUUCUUCCUUGAGCUGUGGCACCCCGCUGUAGUCUGUAAUGGACUGGCCUGAGGUCUCACUACAAACAAGCGUCUGCUGGAAGAGAGUAGGUGAGUUGUGUUUAGUCUCUCUGUAAAGUUAAAAAGAUGUUUGGUGUCUAGUACUAUGUCUGUGACCCUAUAUGUACUAACCUCAGUAGAACAUGGUGUAGUUUCCCUUCAGUAACAGAACCUCAUUGGAAAAUUAGCUGAUUUAACUUUACUGUGCUCUUGUUCAAAUAUAUUAACUCGACAGCACAUAAAUCCAUACCUGUUAACAAGAUCAUGAUUUUAUUGAUAAUUCGGCUCAAUAAAAACACCUUUACCUUUUCAUUUUACUACAGUAGAAGUUUAUUGGCCCAGCUUAUAGACUACAGAGGUGGAGAAACGCCCCCGCUUAAGUUUAUGUUUUCUUAGGAGUUAGAACAACUCUGAAUAUAGUACUAUGUCUGUGACCCUAUAUGUCCUGUUGAUGAAGUUAGGUGCUGUUCUGAGCAUUAUUUGUGGCUAUAGAGUGGCGUUUUGGUUGGGGGCGUGGCUCUCUGUAUUUCUAUCCUGCGGUCGUUACUAAAGUUGGUAUAACUAGAGAAGGAAGAGGUCGACAACAUUCAUCUCUGAGGGGGGGGUCUAACUCGGGGUUACGGUGGGUUUGACCCUAGAUUAAUUUUACGCUGAAAUAUCCCUUUAAGUCACACGGGUGUCAAGGACUCGGACGGUUUCGGGCCCUUAGAGGUUCUGAUGUUUUUUUAAGACUUCACAAUCAACAAGGUGUGGUUUCUCUGUGGACCUGGACUAACCCUAACCCUGCUCACUCCUGUCCCACAGUAGUCCUGACAGCAGUGAGCUCUUCCCUUGGACUCCCACUACCCCCUCUGCUGGUCUCUGGGUCUUUACAGUCACAGAACAGGAGGGGGGGGGGGGGGUGUUCCUGGAGGAAAACUGGGUCAGCUGGUCUGGUCAGGACUCAGUAGGGCCCAAGCCCAAGCCAGAUGUGAUUUUGGGGCCCUCUAUUUCUGCCAAUAAUAUUGAUUAUUGAUCGUUCACACACCUUCACAGAUCUCUGUGAUGAACCUUCCCUGACAUGCAGACAGACCUUUAUCUUGGUGUUUCUCCUCUUCCUCUCUCUCUUCUCUGAUCCUGAAGGAUUCGUCCUUCUCUGCUCUUUCGAUGCUCAGUGACCAUUUCAGGAGGGACAGAGCGGGGGGCGGAGCUUAGGAAGAAUCAUAGGCCUACAUCAGCAGCAGCUCCAACAUGUUUCUAUUUUAUUCUGACAAUCAUAUUUAUUUGAUCAGACAGUCUUUAGUUGGGAGGUCUGUAGACCGUCCCUGCAGACCCCUCAGUCGUGGCUCAGACUCGGAUCAGGACUUGAUUGGCUGUUUUAAGGACAAAGUUCUGGUCCGGCCUCCAUCACAGUCUCCAGGUUUAUGGACUAUGACCCCCCCCCCCCCAUGAUAGGUCUGUGGAACAGCUGAUCUCAGACCUGUGCUCAGUCCUCCCUCUGAGGACAAAUACCCAGAAUGCACUGUUUCCACCUGUGGGGGUCUCCUGCCCCCCCUCAGGACUGUUGUUAUUUUUGUAGGACAGAAGCUUCAGGUCCCUUCAGGUGGUCCACCAUGAACCCGCUCACACUAGUCCAGACUUGAGUCACCCGGACUGAGGUGGUGACUUGUUUGGGGGCGUUGGCGAGUCCACAGGGGUCCACAUCCAUCAGAGCGUCUCCUCAUUAGGGUCUGUCGCAGAAGUUUGUAGAACCGUGUCUCAGUGGAUCUGAACCAUGCGGCUCGGUCUACUUCCUGAAAGUCAGUCUGGUCUCAGAUGUCCCUCAGACUUUUGAAACCAGAGAACGUUCUCAGCUGGUUCUGAGGACCGGUCCGUGAAGUCCACGAGGACAGACUUUGACCUCACUUUAACUCCAUGAACUUCAGCACCUCUGUACUCGAACCCCCCCCACAGCAGAGUGACUGUACCGCCCCAGAUCUGGGACUCUGAUUCAGACCUGACUGAGACCAGCACACCUGUCAGUCAGCCGUCACUCAGUCUGACUCUUUAAUUAACCAGAGAAACAGUUUCUGUCCAAUCACAGCAGACCUGAUCCUGUCCACGAGGGUUCGAGUCUCCUCCUCCAUCCCUCGGCUCUGAGCGUCACAGAAUAAAACAGUCGGGGGACAGUUCGUCUUCAAGAUGCUGUUUAAAAACAAAAAAACUAAAAUCUGUUUUAAAAAACUCUAAAACUGUUUUUUCCCGAGCUCUGCUGUGAACGUGAACGCAGCGUUCAGCUUCGAUCAAAUCAUAAAAGUGAAGAGUUACUGAUGAGAACAGGAGCGUCUGAAGAUGAUGAGGGUCAGCUGUGACUCUGAGCUGUCAUUACUCAGACUGUCCAGCAGGUGGAGACAUUCAGACCUCAACUCUGUCAUUGUGGUCUAGAGAAGGAAAAUUCAACCAUCAGGACCUGAACAGACUCAACAGCAGGUUCUGUUGACCUCUGACCCUGACGGUUCACUGUGGGGGGUCGACAGACUCAUCAGCUCAUCUCUUUAGUCUGUGCUGAGGGAAAAUAACCAAAACAAACACCUGAGAGCUGCUGAUCCAGACGAGGGACGAGAUCCGAGUUUAGGAGAAGAGAGGACGAACUUCACAGACACAGACAGACCAGGACCUCAGAUCCGUGUCAGGGAACAGAGUCCAUCCAGAGUGACCCGGACAGAAACCCUCAGUCUGUCCAUCAGAUUAAACAUCUGUAGAGUUUUAAUAAGACCACUAAAGGGUUAAAAAUAACGACGGACUGUGAUUGGUUUAAAAUUCUGGAUCAGAGUUGUUCUGAGUGACGGCCCGACCUCCUGACCUGUUAGUUUCUGAUGCUCGCCGUGGUCGUCUCUGAUCAUCAUGACAAUCAGAGCUGAGAGGAAACGCCAGCUCUGACUCUGUAACCAUGACGACUCGGGGUAAACAAUAGAGAGACGGGCCGAGUUAAUCAGAACCAUCAGACCGCUUAGAGCUCCCUGUCCUCUCACCUGUCCCCUCCUCCCUCACCUGUCCCCUCUCACCUGUCCUCUCUCACCUGUCCCCUCUCACCUGUCCUCUCCUCUCUCACCUGUCCUCUCUCACCUGUCCUCUCUCACCUGUCUCCUCUCACCUGUCCUCUCCUCUCACCUGUCCCCUCUCACCUGUCCUCUCUCACCUGUCCCCUCUCACCUGUCCUCUCCUCUCUCACCUGUCCUCUCUCACCUGUCCCCUCUCACCUGUCUCCUCUCACCUGUCCCCCUCACCUGUCCUCCCUCCCUUGUCCUCAUGUCCUCGUUCAGUUCAUGUCUCAGUCCCUCAGGUUCUCACCCUCGUCUCUCCUCUCCAGUUUCUCUCCCACAGAUAAUAAGUUCGCCACGUGUUCGGACGACGGGACGGUCAGGA